AUGCAGCAUAAACCGCCCUUCCGGCUCCGGCGAGCCAUCUACGCCAACGAUGCCCUGCUCGUCAAGCGCAUGCUCAAAUCCCACCCGAACCUCAUCCACAACCCAGACGCCUCCUCCGAGGGCCUGUCAAAUUCGAACCUGCAUCUCGCUGCCUCCUUGGGCUAUCGCGACGUCUGCCAGGUCCUGAUCGAAGCCGGCCACGAGAAACCCUGCCCCGCGCUCAACGAGCUCAACCAGAGCGCCCUCCUGCUCGCCGCCAAAGCUGGCCACACCGAAGUCGUCCAUCUGAUAUGCGAAAACGAUAGCUCCUGCAUACUCCGCCGAGAUAACAAGGGCCGUGACCCCAUCAUGGAGGCCAGCGCUGGCGGCCACGACACCGUUCUCCAGCUCCUCCUCACAUAUGUGCCCGGCGGCGCAGCCGAGGCCGUCCAUCGAGCAGACAUCGAGGGGAACACCGCACUGCACCUUGCAAGCGGGAACGGGAACCUGCUCGUCUUGCGCACGCUGCUGGCGGCGGGCGCGGACGUUGAGCGGCGCAACGUGUGGAAUUGGACUCCGGCGGCGUACAGUGCCACUGUCCAGGCCGAGGUCUACCUCAAGGGCCUCGUGGGCGAAGUUGCGAGGCUGAAGCAAUCUGGAAAGGACGCCUCCGGUAUCACUGCUCCAGUGGGUAGCUCCAAGUCUGGGGCUAUGACUGGCAACAUGGACUCAAUCAAGAUGACUGGCGGGGUGCGGGUCGUCGCCGACGACAGUGACGAUGAUGAAUAA